AUGGCGUCCCGUGAAGACUACUCGGUCGGAUGGAUUUGUGCACUGCCCAUUGAGGUAGCAGCUGCCAAAGCUGCCUUCGAUCGCAUCCACGACCCUAUCCUGUCACCGGGUCCAGACUUUGACGACAUCAAUAACUACAUCCUGGGAAGUGUCCGAGGUCACAAUGUCGUACUCGUGUAUCCGAGGUUGGAAACGUGUGAGUAUGGUCAAAUGUCGACAUCGUUGACGAAAAUCGCCACGCAGUUGCACGCGACCUUCAAAUCUGUCCGAUUCAAUCUGAUGGUUGGAGUCGCAGGAGGAGUGCCAGGCACCAAGGAGGACAUUCGUCUCGGCGAUGUCGUUGUGAGCAAAUCGAAUGCUGGCAGGCAUGGCGUUAUUGAGUACGACACAAAUGGAAAACAAGCGGAAGGUCAGGCCAUUCACGACAAAGCUUUGUCCGCAGAUCACCAGCCAUCGCCGUUACUGCUCGCAGCUACAGGCAAGGCCGAGACGGCCGCCAUCUUCGAUGAAAGUCAGGUGGCCCAGUACAUUUCCGACAUCAUUCGGAAAGACCCUACCACUUUUGCCUAUCCAGGCCCAGAACAAGACAUCCUCUUCGAGUCCGACUAUGAUCACACCACUGAGUCCGAAGGCAACGGAUGUGACCAUUGCAACCCGGACAGAAUCCGGCCUAGGCAGCCGCGUGACGAGCCACAGGACGUUAUGGUUCAUUACGGCCUCGUUGCUUCCAGCCAUAUUUCGAUGCGCCACGGAGUGACUCGGGACAAGAUUGCGCACGAGCAAGGAGUUCUCUGUUUUGAGACCGAAGCUGCUGGUCUUGAAGAUGCCUCAAAGUACUUGAUCAUCCGAGGAAUCUGCGACUAUGCCGAUUCACACACGUCCAAUCUAUGGCAUGCUUACGCUGCCGCAGCUGCGGCAGCAUAUGCCAAAGAGGUCCUCUCGUUCAUUCCCACGGUUCCCAAGAGGAUAUUCCUGGCACCAAACACAUAUUCCGAAGCGGCACCAGAAGAGGGACUAGUAGAAGAAGAGGAACAACAAUGGUCCAGAACAAACGGCUGA